GGACCGGAAGUGAGACAGGGACUUCCGGUGGCUCCCGGAGGGCGCGGGCGGACGCUUAUGGCUGGGUACUGGAAGCUGGUGUGUGCCUCCCUCUUUUGUGAGAGGUUCCACACGGCUGCGCAGCACUACAAGGGACGGACAGGCACCGAGCACCUGUGGCUGAUGCGCCAUCUGAAGGACCCCUAUGUGAAAGCUGCCAAGGUGGAGUGUUACCGCUGUCGGAGUGCCUUCAAGCUCCUGGAGAUGAAUGAGAAGCACGGGAUUCUCCGGCCCGGCCUCCGGGUGUUGGACUGUGGAGCAGCUCCUGGGGCUUGGAGUCAGGUGGCAGUGCAGAGGGUCAAUGCCACAGGUGCAGAUCCCAGCUUUCCUGUUGGCUUUGUGCUUGGGGUAGAUCUUCUUCACAUCCACCCUCUGGAAGGAGCAACUUUUCUGUCCCCUGCUGAUGUUACUGACCCUAGAACUUUCCAGAGAAUUAUGGAACUGCUUCCUUGUGGAAAGGCAGAUGUGAUUCUCAGUGAUAUGGCACCCAAUGCCACAGGGAUCCGGGACCUUGAUCAUGACAGGCUCAUCAGCAUGUGUCUGUCCCUUCUGGACAUGGCUCCAGACAUCCUGCACCCUGGGGGAACAGUGCUUUGUAAAACUUGGGCUGGAAGUCAGAGCCGUCGGUUACAGAAGAGACUGACUGAGGAAUUUCAGAACACGAGGACUAUAAAACCUGAGGCCAGCAGGAAGGAGUCAUCAGAGGUCUACUUCCUGGCCACCCAGUACCGCCGAAGGAAGGGCUCUGUGAAGCAGUGAAUUUUCCUGCCACUCUUGUGGGUCUUCUGUCCUCAUUGCCUGUCACUCUCAUGGGCGCUAGGUCCUCUUGAACCACGAGUAGAGCCUGGGUGUUUUCCUGGAAGUGGCUGAAUCAGAGCUGGUCUGAGAGAUGAGCAGGACCACAGAGUGCCAGUUUGGUUUUCAAAAUGGAAAAGACAUGGCAAAAUAUAUCUAAGGGGGAUGAAAGAUGAUUUUAAAAAUCAGCCUUCCAUAUUGUGAUUUCUGAGGAGAAAAUUAUCAGGAGAAAACCAGGUGGAGAUUGAAGGAUGUAAAGAGGCAGGUGGAAGGGAGAAUAAAAACAGACUGAGGUAGUGAUGAACAUGCCCACAUAGGCCUUUAUGGAGCUCCCCAGCUUAGAGACCAGUAACAAUGAACCUUUUACAAACAGUACACUGGCACACGUGCCGUAGGUUCGCCACCACUGUUACAGAGUGUUAGCAUGUUACAGAGGAACAGGUGUUCUUCUAUGCUUUUAGAACACAAUACAUAUGUUUCCAGUUACUGUGGCCAAGCAGCAUAAAAUAGAAAAACUUGAAGUUUCCAUCUGGGGAUUAAUUGCCAUCUCUCUGGUUGAAUAAUCUGGAAAUACAUUCAUUUUUCUAGCAUUGAGAGUUCCCGGAGCUUUUAGAGGAGACAUUUGGUAUGAAUGUAUGCAUGAGGUGUGUGUGUGCGCGCUUUAGAUUUUGCUGGGAAUAUAUCUUGCUGUUAAUAGCUCUGUCUUUCAAGACCAUAAAGGUAAUUGCCAAAGCAA